AUGGUCGGCCCAACAGCAUCUCUCUCGCAAUUACACCGUGCCGAUGGCUCCGCGUCAUACAAAUGCCCCGCCACCGGUUACAACAUCCUGGGUGCCGUCAAUGCCCCAGUCGAGCUUCCAGGACGCCGUGACGCAUUGAAGCCUGAGGAGGCAACUGUGGAGGUCUUUGUCAAACCGGGUACUACCACCGCGGGUGUUGGAGAAAGAUAUGUCGAAGGAAUUCUGCGCUCUGUGUUGGGCAAGGUGGUUCUGGGCCGCGAGAAAGGAUUCCCUCGUCGUGGUGUUGUCCUCACCCUGGCCAUCGUCGGUGGUGAAAACAUCGAGCGCGGUGACGCUUAUCUCACCAUCCUCCCGGCACUUUUGCACGCUGGUUUGCUCUCCAUGAUCUCGGCCUCAGUCCCUCUUUCGAUGACCUUUUCCGCGACUCUUCUCGGUGUAACCAAGUCCGGUGACAUCGUGCGCGACCCCUCCCCCGCUGCUGCCAAAGCCGCCGUGUCUCUCCACGUCUUUGCGAUCUCCUCCAAGGGUCACCUUCUCCUCAACGAAAGCCAAGGGCGGUUCGACUUUGACACUUGGGAGCUAGCCCACCAAAACGCUCUCACCAUCUGUCAGGGUUCCUCCACGGGCUCCGAUGGUGACGUGGACAUGAGCGAAGGCAAGGACGGCAGCGGAAUUGGCUUCAUUCGGGAGGCAGUGGAAGACCAGAUCUACAGUGACUACGUCUACAAGCUUGACUCGAUCUGA